CUCUCCGUUCGCCUCUGCCCUGUGGCGCUCCUCCAUCUCUCUAUCUUCAUCGUCUUCACCUUCAUCACCGCCUUCCCCUGUUUUUUCCUUUUUCUUUUUUUUUUCUUUUUUUUUUUUGCUGUCGAUUCUUUCCCUUCCUCCCUCCUUCGCAAAGAUCACUCGCCACCCUUCCACCUCCGUCGCUUUCCUGGCUCCGAAAAUCUCGAUUCGCUAGAGAGAGAGAGAGAGAGAGAGUAUUGAUUGGCGAAUCAGAGCAGAUUCUCUCCGGCCCUGGUUUCCGGAGCUCGCCUCAGUUUUCAUCGAUUGUUCCGGCGAUAGCUCUGGAUUGCUGUCGCGCUGGUUCGGUUUUUCGCGGUCCUUGUUUUUGCCUGCGUCGUCCUCAGUUCGUAUGCUCCGCGGCGCGCUCGAGAAUGCGUCGUUCGAUUGGAUCGGGGGCCGCGGACCCGGCGGGCUUGAUGGUGUAGGGGCGUGUGCUACUCAUGUGUAAUAGGAGAGUCGCGUGCCUGAGCGAGUCGCCCCCGCAGCCUGAGCACGCCGUCGUCGGCCAGCGAGACGAUCGUCGGGGUGGUGUUUGCUCGGCGGCGAUGGAUUGUCCCUCGGCGGCGGCGGCGGCGGCUCCUCCGCUGUCGGACCACGGCUCACACGCGAGCUCCAACGACGAGGCUCCGCGUUUCAAGUUCUUGUGCAGCUUCGGGGGCUGCAUAAUGCCCCGCCCGCAGGACGGGAAAUUGCGGUACGUGGGCGGGGAGACCAGGAUCGUGUGCCUGCCUAGGGAUAUUACUUAUGAGGAGUUGAUUUAUAAGAUGAAAGAGCUCUAUGAAGCUGCGGCGGUUCUGAAAUAUCAGCAGCCUGAUGAAGAUCUCGACGCGCUGGUCUCGGUUGUCAAUGACGAUGACGUGACUAAUAUGAUGGAAGAGUAUGAUAAGUUAGGUUCUGGCGAAGGGGUGAGUAGGCUCAGGAUCUUUCUCUUCUCGAACUUGGAGCAAGAUGGCUUGACACAGUAUAUAGACGGAGUCGAGAGGGAUACUGAGCGAAGGUAUGUCGAUGCCUUGAACAAUAUGAACGACCCAUCGGAGUUUUGGAGGCAACAGCCGUCUGAGUCUGCUCUGAUGAGGGCUGUCGAUGAUAUUCACGUAGCUGAACAGUUCUUUAACCCGAUGAGUUUGGAGGGAAGCAUCCACAGCCAGAGAAACAGUGACAUGCCUGUGAUACCGUUUAACUUGCAUCAACUAACAGUUCCACAUAUGGGUUCAGGACAGUAUCAGCAACCUGUUAAUCAGAGGUACGGUGAAAUGGAUCCCCAGUGGAGUCCAGUUUACUAUUCCCCAAGGCAUCAUGGGCGCCAUGACCCAAAAGCUGACUUUCCAUCUUCUCCUUCUUCUGCACGAUUCGCUAUGUCCUUCGGAGAAUUACCAGACAGAGGUAUGGAUAGAAUGCCGGAUGACCAGGUUCGGCCUCAGGCAAUCCAUCAGCCAACCUAUGACCACCAAGGACACGUUCCUGACCAUUUAGUAUGGUUGCAUGCUGCUGGAGGGGACAAGGCUGGUUUUCCGGGAGGCAUAUUAAAUGGUGCUAAUGCUUUUGAUGGAAGCAGUACCUGUGAGCACUGUCGGAUGUCUCUGCCCAGAAAUCACUCACAUAUAGAGCAACCUCACAUGGGGAACUGCCCGAAUUUGGAAAAUCACGUGUUAAAUACCAGCGGUAAUUUACACCAUGGAAUUUACCAGAAGGAGCAGAUUGAUCCACAUGUUCCCUAUAAGGAUGGUUGGAUCUUGCAGAAUCAGCUAGGUCCGCAGGUAGAAGAUGCAAGAGCACACAUCUCUGGAGCUGGAAGGUUGAAUGAUCAUUAUCUUGCCGAUGGUCCAAGCUCCAACUUUCAUGUUGGCCCCACUAAUUUAACUGACGGGCGUCACUCACCACGACAGUAUGCUCAUCAGUGUGCUGGACCUGAAUUGGGCAAUGAAAUGUAUCAUGACCAGGCUGUGGCUACUCAGUUACACGUUCCUCUUCCUGAAGAAUACUAUGUUAGAUAUGGAAAUGUGGCUCCUGACAGCAUGUACCCAGUCUCGCAUGGACACGUGCCUCCCCAUGGAAUGUGGAGAAAUGUUCAGAAUCCCGUGUAUGGUGCUCCUCCUUAUGAAGCCUCUGGCACACCUCAGCUAAUAAAUGGUGCUGUUAGCCCAGUAUUACUCCGUACACCGGAGGAAAGUCCAAGGCUUGUUAGGGCAAUAGACAAUCAAAAUAUUUUUUCCGAACCCUUGCCAAAUGCAUUGGCUUUUGAUGGGAAUGCUGUCACUGAAUUUUCUCCUGGGAAUGGUUCGAAAUUGAACUUCAAUACUCUUCAAGAGAACAGGCAUGCAUGUGUUGAGGAAACUGGCCAUUCACCGAGGGUCCCUUUUGUCAGCAUUCCCGAAUCAAGAAAUAUAAAUCAUGUCACCGAUGUCAUGGGGAAAGAUAUGAGCAAUAUUACAGCAGAAGGUAGGGAGACCAGUAAUGAGCAGGGCCAGGCUGAUCCUUGUCAAGAGAGAGAUAAAGUUUUAGGCUCCAAACCUGUGGAGGUCACUAGUAGCCCAGUGGAAAAUGGUGGGAGUAUUGUUGGACUGGCUAACAAAGAUUCCUCUUCUCCUAAAGAGAAAUUGGAGACGCCAGUUAACCACAUGAGCAUCCUACCUGAGUUGAUCGAUUCCGUGAAGAGAGCCGCAUUAGAAGGAGAGGAGGCAAAUGCUGGAGCCAAAGAGAAAAAAGGUCCUCCAGAUGAGAAAGCUAUAGAAGAAGGAAACGAUACUGAAUCUGAUGUGGUGAACACCCAAGGAGAGCCGGAGUUGGAUUCUGAUAAUGACGGUAAUUUAAAAAUAGAGCCAACCAAGGCCGAGGAAGAAGCCAUAGCCAGAGGAUUGCAGACGAUCAGAAAUGAAGAUCUGGAAGAAAUCCGAGUCCUAGGAUCCGGAACAUAUGGAGCAGUGUACCAUGGAAAAUGGAAGGGUUCUGAUGUAGCUGUAAAAAGAAUAAAAGCGAGCUGCUUUGCUGGGAGACCUUCGGAACGAGAACGCUUGAUAUCUGAUUUUUGGAGGGAGGCCUUGAUAUUGAGUUCCUUGCAUCAUCCAAAUGUCGUUUCCUUCUACGGUAUAGUACGAGAUGGUCCAGAUGGAUCGUUGGCAACUGUGACGGAGUUUAUGGUCAAUGGAUCUCUGAAGCAAUUUUUGCAGAAGAAAGACAGGACUAUUGAUCGUCGCAAAAGACUCAUCAUAGCUAUGGAUGCGGCAUUUGGAAUGGAGUAUUUGCAUGGAAAGAACAUUGUACAUUUUGAUUUGAAAUGUGAAAAUCUUUUAGUAAACAUGAGAGAUCCUCAAAGGCCUGUCUGCAAGAUUGGUGAUCUGGGAUUGUCGAAGGUAAAGCAACACACGUUGGUAUCGGGAGGUGUUCGCGGCACAUUACCCUGGAUGGCACCUGAGCUUCUCAGUGGGAAAAGUAACAUGGUAACUGAAAAGAUUGAUGUUUACUCCUUUGGGAUUGUUAUGUGGGAAUUGCUUACCGGGGAAGAACCUUAUUCAGAUUUGCACUGUGCCUCUAUUAUUGGAGGUAUAGUAAACAACUCUUUACGUCCACAAAUUCCGGCAUGGUGUGAUCCUGAAUGGAAAUCCUUGAUGGAGAGUUCUUGGGCCUCGGACCCAUCAGAAAGACCAUCUUUUUCAGAUAUAUCUCAGAAGCUGAGGAGUAUGGCUGCCGCAAUUAACGUGAAAUAAUUAGUAAUUAGAUGUACUUGCCAGUUCUCUUCUUGCCUUCACAUCCUGUCUGCAAUUUUGGAGCUGAAAAGCCCCAGGAGUAUAGUUAUCUCAGCUAAGGUCUUCUACUGCUCCUAAAGUACCCCCACAAUGCUAACGCAUUUCUUCUUAUAUUAUCAGUUUCAAUGAAGCUAUAAUGGUGAUGCCGAUUAAAAUUGGUAUCUCCUUAUAAAAUGAAACUACACGUGCUUUCGUCUGGGCUCUACUCAGAAAGACUUUGAAGCGGACUAAGCACGCCAGCAAUAGCAGCUGAAUAUGAAAGGAUAUUGCUAGUCGGGUGUCCUGUGUGGAUGAUUAGAAACACGACAUGAGGUUAUUCUAUAUAGAAUAUGAAGCAGAGCCGAGUCCUGAAUAAAAACGUGUAGAUACUCAACGGUGAAUAUGGCGUUUGGAUCUUUACUAUGGAAUGCAAUUAUAUGCAGUCUCAACUUGUUUAUUCUUUUCUUAUUUAAUCCCACACCCCUGGCCGGUGGUACAUGUUACCAUUGUCUACAUGAAACUGGUUCUGAUAUAUGUACAAAGCAUGUGAUUUUUUUUGUCCGGGCUGGUCUAGUCUCGCUAGUUUGACAUUCUUAUGAGAUAAUUGGACAUUACUGCUGUCUGAGUGGACAUAUUUUAUCUGCUCAAUUGACACAGUAGCGCAAGAGGCCUCGUAAUAAUGUAAUGUAUUGUAAUGACUCGGCGUUUGUCUCGGUCAAUGUUGAAAUGUCGAUAAGAAUGGAGGUAGGUCAGAAAAUUUUGGAA